AUGCAUCCCGCCACGGUACCUGAUCCAGCCAGGCUCUCCGGCUCCCGACAAUGGCCAGGAGAACGUCAACCAACUAGGUGGGAUGUCCACGAUGCCAACGAGAGUCCGGCCGUGACAUUUCUCGAUCGCUUUCGAGCUGCCUUGCUUCACAGUGAAGGUGCCGAAGAGGACUCGUUCCUGGACUUAGAGUCCGUCAUCGAUAGUUCAGAGAGUCUGAGCACGUCGGUCAGGUCAUACACCUAUCCCAUGGUUCUCUUAUCAGAUGUACCGACGACACCAUCUGAAGACCAGUUGGCGCGAUUGCAGGACGUCUUCUACGCCACCUUCAAGCAACACAUCUACAUGAAAAGUAUCGACCUUGUUGGCUCUCCCUCGGAAAUGCUGCCACCAUAUCUCCAGUAUGCGGUUGCAUGUGUAGGCUCAAUGACCUCUCCGAAUGUUGACAAUGUCUUCACCACCCCAAACGGUACCAUACAAACAGACGCUGCGGCGAAUCUGUUUAUGGCCGGGGCAAACCUCUGGUCAGUCAUGCUGGAAGUCGACAACAGGGAGACUCGUCUGCUCGAGGCAGUCGUAGCGGCGAUUCUGUUGGUCACUUACGGCGUGCUGUCAUCAGACAGGACAGUAUGGAGAAAAUCGUCUGGCCUGUUCUGCAACGUCGUCACUGUGAGAGUCCUGUGA